AUGUUAAAGCAGUUAUACAAAAGCAGAUAUCUUAAUACUACUUCAGAAAAUCACAAAAAGGUCACAAAACAAUUUUGGAAUACAUUUCAAGAUAAUUUAGAUAUUAAUAUUCGUGGAAUAGAUGGAAAGAGAAGAAUAUUGUUAAUUAUUGUGGAUAAAAUUCCCUAUAAAAUAAUUAAAAAAAAGUUACUAAUUAAAUCAGAUAUUAAAUUAGUAAUUGAAGGAAUUCAUAGAACAUCAGUAGCCUAUCUAGAACUAGAAGGUACUAAAGAUAAGACAAGUGUUAAGAGUUUUAGAGAAGCAGAAUCUGAUGUUUCUCUAAUGUAA